AUGCAGUUGACGAGUGACGAGGGUGUUGUGCUCCCAGUCGAACGAGAUCCUACAGUCACCGAGUACGACGGAAGUACGAGUACUCUAGAUCCCGACUGGUGCGAUGAAAAGGUCUUCCAACGCAAUCGGCUUCCCGCUCGCUCAUAUUAUAUCCCGGACACGUCUGUCUCAUUGAACGGAACAUGGGCAUUUACCUACUCACCAACGCCUUAUCAUGCCCCAUCCGGCGAGGCUUACAAUACAGAGAUUGCUGCUCCCUUGGUCGAUCAAAACCAAGACAUCGAAGGCAGGACUUGGUCUAAGAUCACAGUGCCAGGCCAUUGGCAGCUUCAAGGCUACGGAAGACCCCAGUACACCAACUUCGUCUACCCGUUUCCCUGCUGUCCCCCUUACGCACCGAGUGAGAAUCCCACGGGGACUUAUUUCCGCAGGUUCAAUGUGCCCUCAGACUGGCAAGGGGACAGUCAUUUGAGAUUAAGAUUCGACGGCGUCGAUAGUGCCUUCUACGUCUGGGUGAAUGGCGUCAAGAUUGGCUAUUCGCAGGGGAGCAGAAAUCCUGCCGAGUUUGAUAUUACCGACCAAGUCUCGGCAACUGCCCCGAAUUACUUGGUCGUGCAGGUUAUUCAAUGGUGUUCUGGGAGCUAUAUCGAGGAUCAGGAUCAGUGGUGGCUAUCCGCAGGAAUCUUCCGCGACGUCACAUUGAUAGCGCUUCCAGGUCGCACGAGGAUCGAAGAUUUCUUUCUCACCACCACUCUGGACAGCCACUACAAGGAUGCAGAGCUGCACAUUGCUUUGGACAUGACGUAUGACGAGCCAUGCCAGCUGACACUCUUACUGAAAGAUCCCUUCGGACACGCUGUAGUUGAAGAGAAGUCUAUCAGUGUCUCACACCCUAUCUUUGACCAAGAAAAAUCAAUCCAAGCCUCACAUCCCAUCUGUACCCUCACAAAAUCGAUACGAGUCAAGAACCCUUACAAAUGGUCGGCAGAGACCCCUGCCCUGUAUGAACUCCAAAUAUCGAUAUAUGGCAUGGAAAGUCAUGCAAGGCAAAAAAUAACACAUCGCACCGGGUUCCGCUCUGUCGAACUGAAAAACGGCAACAUCUGUGUCAAUGGCAAGGCCAUCACUUUCCGCGGCACAAAUCGGCACGACCACCAUCCUAACUUUGGCCGCGCUGUGCCGGCGGAAUUCGUCCGGAAAGACAUCCUGCAGAUGAAAGCACACAAUAUCAACGCGGUCCGCUGUUCACACUACCCUUCCCACCCAGCGCUCACGGGACUCUGCGACGAACUGGGGCUUUGGGUGAUCGACGAAGCCGAUCUUGAAUGCCACGGAUUUGCAGCUGCGGACGACGCUACCAAGGACGCAGCCUCAUACACCUCAGACAACCAAGAUUGGGAAGCUGCGUAUCUCGACCGGAUGCGCCAGCUCGUGGAGCGAGACAAGAACCACCCUAGCGUGAUCAUCUGGUCGCUGGGGAAUGAAUCCUUCUACGGACGGAACCAUGCGGCCAUGUCCAAAUGGGCCAGGGCGAGGGACCCAAGCCGUUUGAUUCACUACGAGCCCGAUGGGCAAGCACAGUCCACAGACAUGAUAUCGCACAUGUACACGUCUCCCGAAGAGCUUGCCAAGGAAGCAGUCUCGCAAGGCGACGACUUCGACAAGCCGAUUAUUCUCUGCGAGUAUGGCCAUGCCAUGGGCAACGGGCCGGGCCUGCUGGAAGACUACCAGGCUGCGUUCCGCAACCAUCGCCGGCUUCAGGGUGGUUUUAUCUGGGAGUGGGCUAACCAUGGGGUCUGGAAGGAAGAUGCCGAUACUGGGAAGAAAUACUAUGCCUACGGAGGGGAUUUUGGCGACGUGCCUAAUGACGGCGACUUCGUCAUGGACGGCCUUUGCUUCAGUGACCAUAGUCCCACGCCGGGACUGGUGCAGCUGAAGAAAGUCAUUGCUCCGAUACGAGCAUGGCUAGAGGAGGAAGAGCUGGUUGUCAGUAAUGAGUACGACUUUGCCUCGCUGGGCCAUGUCGCUGUAAACUAUCGGGUCGAAGCGUUCGCCGACAAGCCCAAGACUUUGACAUCAGGCUACUUUGAGCUCCCACGCAUUACGGCAGGGACAAGAUCGAAAGUUCGGCUUCCAAAAAAGAUCCUCAAAUCCAAAUCCCAGCACCCGGCUGAGACAUGGCUGACGGUGACUUUCCAUCAAAGGCACCAUACGCCCUGGGCGAAAGCCGGGCAUGUUAUUGCCUGGGCUCAAAUUCAGCUGGAUCCUCAAGACAAGCGAAAGGCGUCUACGCUUUUUGAUAUGGAGCAAUGGAAUCAUCCCCUUACCUUGGCCCCGGCCGAUACCACUGAAAUUUCUCUCACCCUCACAGAAACCCCACAAGAAUACAAAGUGUCGAAUGACAACUUCCUCAUCGCCUUCGAUCGCUUCCGUGGCCACAUCACAGGAUGGACGUAUAACGGCAUCCGAUUACUCCAGAGCAGCAGAUCCGAUGCACCCUUACUCACGCUGGACUUCUGGCGCCCACCGACCAACAACGAUAUGGCAUGGCAGACAGGCGAAUGGAAGCACUUUGGACUUGACAUGAUGAGCAGUCGCCUAUGCUCUUUCAAAUUCCUGGGUAACACCGUUCAAGAAGUCCAGGAUGGCAGCAAGAAACCGGGACUCUCCUUCCAAGCAACCCAGGCCUUCGCACCACCUAUCCUCGCAUGGUCAAUCGAAGUCACGACCACCUACACAGUCAUCGUCGACUGGGGAUCCUCCGUGCCAUUUACUCUCCAGAUCCACACUGAUAUCGAGCCAAAGGGACACCAUCCGCCAAAUCUACCGCGCAUUGGCCAUAAUAUCCAACUGUCACCGGCGUAUAAUCACGUCUCAUGGUUCGGGUUAGGUCCCGGCGAGAGCUAUAAUGAUAAGUGCUCCAGUCAGCAGGUCGGGAUCUGGGAGAAGAUGAUCGACGACAUGGGGACGAGUUACGAGGUACCUCAGGAGAAUGGGAAUAGGGUCGGCACGAGGUGGUGUACCGUCAGCGCCGAAGCUUCAGAGAAGGAAGGGGAGGUCCAGGCACCGGUCCAGGCAAAUGCUGAUGUCAAGAAGGCCACAGACAAAGACAAAGACAAAGACAAGGAGAGAACCACCAUCCCGUCUCUCCGCGCCACGGUCCUGCACCACAAAAGUCAAGACCCAGAAAUAGCCUCCGCCACUAUCCACGACCAACACUUCCAAUUCUCGACGCAGCAAUACGAUGCCUCGACGCUCGAGAAAGCGGCACACCCAUGCGAUCUGGACGAAGCCGGCGCGCGGCGCGAAGGGGCGCUGUGGCGCGUCGACGCAGACGUUGCCGGCGUUGGCACCGCCGCGUGUGGGCCGGGCGUCUACGAGCGCGACCAGGUCAUGUGUGUCCCCCGGAACUGGACGGUGCAGUUGGAUGUGGUGCUUUCGUGA